AUGGGCGCGGCGAAUCACGUGAAUCUGGGGGACUACGGGAAGGCCAAGGUGUACCUGUGGAAGACGGAGCGCACGAGCGAGGAGCUGUUUCAAGAGGUCUCCAGUAAAGUGAGGAACCUAUACGGGCAGAUAAGCUACGACGAUCUGUUUCACCACUUGCGGGGCUACAUAAAUCAUAUAAACUCGAGCGACAAUGAGUUGUUUUUGCGGAGCGAGCUUCCCCCAUGGGAGUCUUCAAACAACCAUCACACAAACACAGACCACGAGGAUGAAUGUUUUUUUAAUAUAUUUAAAAAUGCAAGUUAUGUUCGAAGAAAUGGAAGUCUGUCCAUUAGCUACAUUGAUUUGGCUGAAAAGGCCAUGAGGGUGGACAGAGUGAAUUUUUUUUCUAAUGUAUUUAUAUCGAUUGGAGUUCAUGAGUUGCGCGAGGGAGGAGAGGGGACUACAGGUGGGGUAACCCCUGAUGAAAGCGCAGGGCUACAUCGCAUGAGGGAAAAAAUGGUCAACCUGAUUAACACAUACAAUAAUAUUUUUUUUCGCAACAGCUGUGUGUUUGUACAAAGGGUUCUAGUGAUCCCGUCUUGUGACAGGUACGAUAAUUACAUCAUGGGUCAAAUUAUAAAAAUAAAUGAAAGUUUCCUUUAUGCAAAUGGACCUGGGGGGAGGGGAGGAGGGGACGUCGGAGGGGACGUAAGUCGUGGUGGUGGUGAUGGGUGUACUAAAGUCCCCCCAGAAGUAGUCUCCUCAAAAGACACAGUUACAGAUUUGGAAGAAAAAAAAAAAAAAACGAAUCCAUGCGAAUACAUUAAGGAGGGAAAUUUUUCCCUAUUGAAAAAUUCUGCAUACUACAUGGAAGAUAAACAAAGGCACUUCGCAGGUGGUGGCAGUAAACCCCUCGGCCGUGCAGUCACAUCAGAGGAUGUAGUGCAGCGUAUGGGUGUAAGAGGGGAAGAGGAGGAGGAGGUGGGUGAUGACGAUGUGGUUGUUUGCAGCCGCAAAGGAGCUGCUUCGCAUAAUGGGGUUUCCCCGAUCAGCACGAAUGGGGACCACGAAAGGAAAAUGGCCACCGCGUCUGUAGUGACAUCUACAGUGCCAUCUGCAGUGACGUCCACUGCGGAAGGGGCAGGUGGGGCGCGCAGCAGCAGCGGAAAAAUGUACAAAGGAAAAAAAAAAUACUCCUCUAAUUUUUUAAGCAUUUUCCACAAGACGCCUGUGAAGGAGUACAAGUCGGUGAACGUGCAUUCUUCGAGUGAGGAGGAGGUGUCUUCUGAUGAGGGAAUUUUUCAGAGUUGGAUUUGGGGUGGUGCCACGGGAAGUGGUGAGGCCGCUCGCGGGGGAGGAACCCACAGUGUACAGGUUCGCCGUACUGAAGGUACACCUAAUGCAGAUGCGGGUGAGGGUCAUGAAGAUAGGGCUACAUUAGUACACAGAACCAAGUCAGUUACGCACAUGGAAGGAGGAAAGACGAGUGCCACGAAGGAACCCAUUUCCUUCAUAUAUAAGAAUUAUAAAAACUUCCGCAUUAUUGUCUUCCUGCCAUCGGUGAAGAAGCACUUCAACAUUCAGUUCAACAAAUUCUUUCAGGCCGUUUUGCUCAACGCCUUUUACAUUUUUGCGCUCUCUUUACACAGCAUGCUAACGACAGAGAGCGUGCGCAAGUACAUGCAGGAGCUCAUGGAGAGCGCUAAUUGUGAGUCGGUGCGGAGCGCCAAGGUGGGCAGCGAGAGUGUGCUUGAUCGACGCAGAAGAAGGCAGCAGGAGGGGGGGGAGAAGUGGGAACAGGACGAGAAAGGUGUGAGCGGCAGGAACGUGACUGCGGGCGGGAACGUUGCUCCUGGCACACACGUUACGUCUGGCCGGGGGCGAACCCUGCACCUGAAGAAAAGUCUGAGCAACAGGGACCUCGCCAGCAAGGCCAACCUGAGCAGUCGCAAAAACAGCUACGAUAAUAAUUUGUACGUAAAUAUAAAGAGGUACUACAACGAUGUUAAAUGGAGCAUCUUGAGCAAGACCAGUCAGAUCACCACCAAGGGGGGAGUCGAGGGGUUUUUCUAUGAGGGAGCCCCCCGGUUGUCCAAGUGUAGUGCGUAUGAAGAGGGCAGGCUACAGGGGAAGGACCCACAUGGUGUGGAGUCGCGAUUGGGGGAGGAGGCGGCUGCUGCUGAUCUGGCGGCGGGAGGAGAUGAGACAGACGCAAAUCACUCAGAGAGACGCCAUGGAGGGGAUGUUAGCGGUGGAGGAGUGAUCUCUUUUGAAAGCGCCCAAGGGAGUGGAGGAGGUUCGCCCAGUCGCCGUUCCGAUGGGGAUGGCCCGGAGGAGGAAGAGGAAGGGAAGCAUCACGUUGGGGUGGAUGGUGCGAUGGGCGGUGAGGUGGCCGCUACCCUCGACGAUGAGCUAAGCGACGACUACAACGUUGAGCAGAGUGAAGACUGUGCGGGGGAGGACAGUGACGAGUGCAUUGAAGACUGUGGUGGGGAAGGCUUUCCCGCGGAGGACUCGCAAAGUGUAGAAGGGAACGAAGUAAGGGACGAGGACACGACGCGGCCGAGGAGGAGAAGACAGUACCCCCCACGAGGGAAACCAAAGAAGAAGUCCACAGGAAGCGACAAAGCAGGGGUAGACCAGAAUAAAGAAUAUGAAAUGAAAAAAAAAGAAGGAGAUGUAUUUCUGCUCCUGGGAAGUCCACUCGAUUCAAUUGAAAUAUAUAUGGAGUGUUAUGAAAUGAUGAAGGAGGAGAGAGAAUAUAAAAAUCACGUGUCAGAUGCAAAUAUCACUUUUUGUAUAGUGUUAAGUAUGUAUUUAUACGUUACACAGAACUGGGGUCACUUUUGCAGACUCAAUAACAAUGAAAAGUAUACCUUUCGUUUUGCAGAAGUGGUUGAGCAUUUGCUAGUUCAAACAUAUGAACGGUUACUUCCAAGUAAGUAUACGAAUUAUGCAAAUUUUUUUUUUGACACAUCCUCUUAUAGUGGGUCCAUAAAGGAGAGAUCCUACCACCCGUAUCUUAACAAUUCGAAUUUUUCUUUAUACAAUUAUGACCAUGCAAGUGAUUCUCCAUCUUCAGGGGUGCUUAAGAAUAUAAGUUCCUUCAUUAACGUUCUUAAUGAGUAUGACAAAGGGGAGGACGACGGGGAAGACAGCAACUCUUUUUUUUAUAAUUACUCUGGGGAUGAGUCGAAUGAAAAAGACUUUUACUUUUAUAAUAUAAGUAUUAAAGGACAUAACACGUUAAUAUAUUUGAUUGGGUUCAUGGAGCACAAGUUGAGUGAGGCCUUAUCUCUUAUGCGGAAUGCAUGUAUUGUUUCCCCUGCUGGGGGACAACCCCCCUCCACUACGUCUUCCACCUCGUUACCUCCCGCACAAGAACUGUUCGCAGAUUACCUCAUAUGUUAUUUGAAGUACCUUCUAGCGAUUAAAAAGAAGAGACACAUUUUUACCGCCAUGAGAAAGUAUUCUUGCGUGACUGAGCGGUUCAGUUACAAUCUGUAUGUUCAAUUUUAUAUCGAGCUAGCUAACAUUUAUUAUCAUGUCGGGGCCAACCGCAAGUUUGCCUUUACCAUUUAUCUUUUGUGUACGCGAUUCUUUGAACACAAGAAGUUUUACCUGACUUAUGUGUUUUUAAACAGCCUGCUCCCAUUUUAUGGCCUGCCCUGUGUGCAGGUGCAGGUGCCGGUGCACUUUGACUGGGGUACGUUAGACGGGUCGAAGGGUAAGGAGGAAAGGAGUGACCACCCGAAUGACUUACUAAGUAGAAUCUUCGCCAGAAGGGGGUGCAAUGUGAAUUACCCCAUGCGAUGGUUGAAGAAAGCGAGCGAGGCAGCACGCCUCGGGGAGUCUCCCGCAGGUGGUGACGGUGACGGCCAUCCACGGGGAGAGCGAGAUGCGUCUGGGGAGGAGCAGCAGAAGGCCAGCGAAGGAGCCCUUAUUACCAUGCUACCACCCGAACGAAACAGAGCAGCGUUACGUGGAGGAGUUCAUGAGGGAGAGAAGAACCAGGGGGAUGAUGUCCUACCAGCGCAAAACGAUCGACCCAGUCACAUCCUAUUUCAGAGUGUGUUGUUGGACCCCUCCAACAAUUACAAUCUUAAACGCUUGUUAUCAUUUUGUGCUGGGGAAAUGAGCGUACGUAGCUUUUUUUGCCUGAACAAACAUGGUGAGGAGCUACAAAUUUAUAAAAAGAAUAGAAGAGGACAAAACGGAAGGUUGCAGCAUGGGGUAUUGGCAUUACUUAGUGAAGUCCUCGAGAGACUGAAUUUGCUGAGUGAGUCGAUUGUGUGUAAUUUGUUUCUUCUUUUUUUCCUGACGAAAGUUUUGAGGACAGAUGUGCAGAGGUUAAUUUUGUGCAACCUGUAUGAGACGCUUCGGAAGAGUGAGAGUCACAUUUGCUUCCCUCCUUUUGUUACGCUGGUAAUGGAUAAGAGGGAGAAGCGGAGGAGUAGAUCGUACUUGAGGAGGCUGAGUCAGGGCGGGGACGUCUGCUUUGGGGGGGGAGUUCAUGAGCAGGGGGGGUGUCCUUGUGGCGCCCUCUCGUGGGACAGUUCCUCUUCUGGGAGCUCCUCUCCGGAGGAGGACUCGUCCAGUAGCGAUGCAUGGGGGGGGAGGAGUUACGAAGAUGAUGGGCGGAGGAGCCGCGAACAAGAGACGGAUCCUCACAACUCCGCGUUCCACAAAAAGGAAACGAAAGAGGACAAGUUGAAAAAGAAAAAGAGCAACAGAGAGAAAAAUAAUUCACAACGACGAAAGCACAUUCACUUCCUUUGCGGGUUGACAGAAGGCAGGUGCGCACCCUCCCCAAUUUUACUCAACAUUGAAUAUAUAAAUGAGACAAAAAAUUAUGAACGAUUUUAUAAAAAGGUUAGCUGUCCUCCAUCUGACAAUAAAGGAACGGAAGAACAAGCUGGUGAAGAGAGAGACGUGUUCAAAUAUAAUCCCUUUAAUGAAGUGGAGAGGAAUACCAAGUUACAUAACAUAUGUGAGUUGAACAGUGUUAACCAGGUGGAGGUAACUUUAAAAAACACCCUCUCGACUAACUUAGUUUUAAACAGUGUAAGACUUAUUACUUCUGGAGUUCCUGUGGAGACGUACGCAUCUAAUGUUGUUUUUCUCAUGUCGAGGAAGAAGAACCACACGACGAAGGUUCGUCUGUCCUUCAGGGCAAAAGAAACGGGUCUUUUAUUUCUGCUUGGGGUGUCCUACUGCAUCAGCUACCUCCACUUUGACCAGUACCUUUUGUACGACACGUCCAUUCUUCGCAAGUCGUUCAUGGGGGAAUCCUUCAUUUCUGCUUCUCCUCAUGCUUCUCCUCAUACUGCUUCCCCGCCCCAGGGGGAGAAUCAGUCCGGUGGUACAAAUUGCGCACAGAAAAAUUAUGAACAUGUUCAGGCGAAAAUGGAUAUGAAAGACGAAAAUGACAGCAGGGGGCAAUUUUGCGCCAUUGCAGAGACAGAAAAGGAUGGGAAGCGUGCCCACGGGGAGGAAAAAUUCAUUUGUUCUGAUAACAAUCGUGGUAGUAAGAACAAGACGGACAGAACUGCACUGUUAAGCUACGCAUUGAAGAUGUCCAAUACAUGUUCCGUCUUUGUUAUUAAAAAUUAUUUUUGCAUCAGCUCUGAAAUAAAGCUUUUUAACUUUAGCAGGUACGUGGACGUACAGUCCAUGUUGCAUGACGAGUCUGAACUGGACAAGUUCUGCACGCCUUCCUUGGGGUCGUCACAGGGCGUGCGGCGCGAGGGUUCCUGGUGGGAGGGAGCGGGGGAGUCCUCCAAGCGAAGCUCUACUGGAAGUGGCCGCACCUCUCAACAGGGGAAACAGUUCGCCACGAAGGACAACACCCCCUUGGGGAGUAAAUUGAACGGCGCCGUCGGAGCGGCUACACAACUUAGUGAGGCUGCACCCAUUGAAGGAGCGAUUCCUAAGAUGUCCUCCCUGUCUGUGUCUUCCUCAUCCGAGUCGUCCCCGGAGUCGCUGCACCAAGUACGUCACCCGUUUGCGCGCUCAUCGAGUUGCUCAUCGGGCAGCUCAUCGAGCAGCUCGUCCGGCAUAACAUCCUCCACGGCGUCCUCCACUGACAUGACAAACCAUUCAAGCGACGAGGAAAAGACCAAUAUAAGAAGCAGUGAACACAUGGACGAAACAAAUGACAACACGUAUUUUUCCAUCGACGCAAGACACACAGAGUUACUCGAAGGAGAAACAAAAUUUUUGUGUCUCAUAUUAGAGAAUAAAAAUUCUCAAGUGGACAUAAAUUACCUGAACGUGCAGGUAAAAUAUAAGCAUAAAAAAUUUGGAGAUUUUUUUUUAAAGUUUUUUUUUAAUUUGGCAUUUCAAAUGAAGCGUAACAACUGUGGGAAUGAGGACAAGGAUGAUGUAAUUCGAAUUAGAGAAGGGGAACCACUAACAGUUAAAAAGGAUCAUUGUUUGUAUAUCCCCAUCAGAUGCAUCGGCUCCAUUUUAAUUAACGAGUGUGACGUACGUGUGAUUUAUUCAAGUGAAAAGAACAGUGCCUACUAUGCCGUGCAGCACAUUAAGCUUCGCAUUAGUGUUAUAAGAAACGUUUCAGUUGAUCAACUCUUUUGCUUUCCUUACGUGAGUUUUAAUUUUUCAGAUGUGCUAAACGAAAUGGUCAAUUCUCAUUUUUACAGCUCGAGUGUUAUAAAUUCCUUGAGUCGAGUUGUAAGAAGUGGGGGCACAGAUGAUGGUGAUGGUGUAGGUGAGGGGGCGGACGGGACCACUAUGCAUGUGGGAAGGCUCAGGGGGAGGAAGCUCACGUGUAGGGAAAUCAACAUGGAGAGCUACUUCGAGGUGGGUGCAGAAGGGUUCAGAGGUGGAGUGCCUUUGGAAAGGGAACCCCUGCUUGGAGGAGUACCUCCACUUCACAAACGGUUCGCACCGAGGAAGGACCUCACCAUCUGCACGGACAACAAAUACAUGUUCAUACAAUUGUUCAUAAGAAAUUUCAGCGGGUAUGUGAACUACUGCUCUGCAAAGAAGGUGGGUAGGAGGCGGCCCACGUGCGUGGUGGAGACAGAUGAAACCCCGAGUAAAUGGGUUCUAUGGGUUCAGAGAAUCAAGCGAAAAAAGAACCUCUCAUUCGCUACCCGAGAAGAUGCAAUCAAAUAUUUUUUAUUGUACAUCGAUGUGCAUGUGUACCUCUCGUUCGAUCGACACAAGAAGUCCGGACUCCUCAGCCUCUACAGCUCCUACCUUAACAAUAUUUACCUGUAUGGAAAUAACAGAGGACGCUUCUUACUCAAUUAUGAAAGAGAGGAGUUGACUUCACCGGAGGGACGCACACAUGAGCACAGCGCUUGUUCAGUGAUGGAUGGGUCCAUCGGCGGGGGGAAGCGCCACGGGAAAAAAACCACGCCCAAGCGGGAGACCCUCUUCUGCGCGCAUGCAGAGGUGCUAGAAGGGGAGGAAGCGGGAGAGGCGGAGGAAGUAGGAGAGGACCGCCAGCUUCAGAAGGCCCUCUUUCAAACGAACUUCCCACACGACAUAUUCUACCCACCAGUAGUGUUGAAGCCCAGGUUCUACAACUGCAAAAAAAAAAGCAGCGUGAUUAUCCCCAAGUGUUCAACAGCGUUGAAUUUUAAACACAUGAACGAAAUCGGAAUUAAAAAAAAUUAUUUUGAGUCUUCCGUUGGAGAAUUCUUCGUCAUUAAAAUAUUUUUACAAAAUUAUUCUCCGCUCCAUCUCGGGGACUACAGCCUUCUGGUUUAUCCCUCCAACUUCAGCUGCAUAAAGCUGAUUGGAAGUUUGAGCAGCAGUGGGUCCCUUGGCUGCGCGUGGACAGCGGAGCACGUUCUGGUGACGGUGGUUUAG